GACCCCCUUGCCAUAAACAAUAGUUUAAUUAUAACUGGAAAUUCUAUUGUAGUAUAUGAUAGAACUGAUAUCAUUACAUCAUUACAACAUGUACCAGAAACAGAACCGGAUCUACCUACACAACAUUUGAAAAAUGUUGACGUAUUAAAUAAUUAUUUUCCGGAUAUAGCAUUUGACGAUCUUACUUUUUCUAUCGAACCUAUAGAAGAAGAAUUAGAUGAUCUCACAGAAGUAAAAGAAGAAAUUCGAAUAUUAGAAACAUCUUAUUAUUUAGAACAGCUAAAGAAAGAAGCUGAUAAUAUUUGUGGAUUACCUUAUCUUUAUUCCACUACGACAAUUACCUUUAGUAACUUGGAAGAAUUAAAUGAAGAAGACUUUUCAAUGGUGUUAAGAGAA